AUGAACACAUCGUUCGUCAGUUCGAAUAUGUUAGUUAGCCAAAUAGUACGUGUGUAGUAACGCGGAGUGUUCCCCUAUCAUAUUUAUAACGAAUAUCGUUUCGAAUUUGAAUUUGUUUUCUUUCAUUUUUUUUUGAAUUUUUUUCGCAGUCAAUUAAGAGCGGUAUUGAAAUUCGUUCGCGUUGAACUAAUUUUUUUUUUCGGUUGGAAUUUUCGGAAAAGUUUGUUUUGUGAGUAAAAACAUUGCCGUAAGACUUUAACACUUAACCGUGCAGAAUCGAUUGUAUAAAAAAGGAACGCUUAUUAAUCAUAGCAGUGCAUCGGGCUAUUGAUUUUUUCCUAAACGCCAGUUCACUGGAGACUCUGAAAAAGUGCGCAAAUCAUUGUGGAUUAAGAGGACAUAAAUCGUAAGGACAAUAAUGUUUUACUGUGUUAUCAUUAAGUGAUGAACGUGCAUGAUCAACUCACAAACGAAAAUAUCUCACAAUUGCGAUCGAAUUGAAAUGCAAAAAUUGUAUCCUGAAUCUUCGACCAGCUUAUCAGGUGGAGGCAACAUGAGUCCGAUGGCAUCAACAUACAGUAUGAACGCAAUGGGUAUGUCAGUUGGUGGUAUGUCCACACCGUCGCAAGGAGGAUUUCCGAACAGUGUUUUAACAGCCAACGGUAUUAGUGGUGUCACUGCAGCUAGUUUAAAUUCGAUGAAUGGUAAUUGUAUGACCAAUGGCUCUAUGGGCUAUGGGUCGAUGAGUUCACCAAUGGGAGCUUGCAAUAUGCCGUUGGGACCAAUUAGUGGAAUGAGUGGAUACACAUCCGUCGGGCCGAUGCCAUCGGCUAGAGACUUAGGUGAGGCUGGUUCACCGAAUUCAAUGAUAUUACAACGUUCGAGGGUAGAAAAACCUUCAUCCUACCGACGCAGUUAUACUCACGCUAAACCACCAUAUUCUUAUAUAUCGUUAAUAUCAUUGGCGAUCAAUCACAGUCCUCAUAAGAUGCUUACAUUAUCCGAAAUCUAUCAAUUCAUCAUGGACAACUACCAGUUCUAUAGACAAAAUCAGCAAAGGUGGCAAAACUCGAUACGACACUCAUUAAGCUUCAACGAUUGCUUCGUCAAGGUGCCGCGAACACCGGACAAGCCUGGUAAAGGUUCAUUUUGGACAUUGCAUCCCGAAUCGGGCAAUAUGUUUGAAAAUGGUUGCUUUCUCCGACGGCAAAAAAGGUUCAAAGAUGACCGAAAAGAAAAUAUUCGUUCGCAUCAUAAAAGUCCGUCGCAUAGCAUUGAGGCCGCCAGUCCCGGCAAGAAAGACUCUCCGCAUCAUCAUCACGACGACCAUCACCACAACCUACACCGAGACUCUCAACACAAAAGCGGUGACGCACAUAUAACCGGCAAGGAUGCCGAAACGCUGGCCAUGCUACACGCAAGUGCCGAAUUGUGCCUUGGACAACAGUCACACAAUCAACAUGCGUCGCAUCAUUCACAAUUACAACAGGAAGAGCUGUCGGUGAUGGUAAACCGAUACCAUCCACAAUUGUUGGAUUAUCAUUCCAUGCACCAUUUGAAACAGGAACCAACCGGAUACACCCCAUCAAACCAUCCAUUUUCAAUAAAUCGACUCCUACCAACUGAAUCGAAAGCCGAUUUGAAAAUGUACGACAUGAGCCAAUAUGCCGGAUACAAUACACUUAGUCCAUUAUCGAAUUCACAUGCAGCCUUAAAUCAAGAGUCCUAUUAUCAGAGUUUAGGUUAUCAUUCCACACCAGCCACAUCCAGCAGCUUGUGACAUCAGUAUCCAAUGGCAUAGAAUCCAUGGAAGUCAAAUGGGAAAUUAGAACAGUGGAUGUUCAAUUGCUAAGCAAAAAACAUGGAAGAGAAAUCGCGAAAUUGGAAAAAUCAAAUCAAGUUUAGUGAGUGCAUUUUUCAGUGGACUAAUACAAUUGCACAAAAGUUGUAUGCGCGACAAGCUGUAUAAAAUCGGGUGUUGUUAUGAAACAAAAAUAAAUUCUUGUAAAAUAAUAGUGUUUGAAAGUACAAUGAUUUAAAACGAGUGAAAAGAAAACAAAAUUUACCAAAUAUCUAUAAGGAAAGAUUGUGAUUUAAAAUGACAAUGAAGAAAUGAAAAAAGACAGUAAAUUUUCGCCCUAUAUGAUAACUAAUAUAUUGAAGAAGAAGAAGAAACAGUCUCACUAUACCACUCCCACUCCUAACCAGUAAUAGGCAAAUUUUCUUAUUGCAUAUAUAAUUUAACAACAUUUUUAAUUUCGUUUCGAAUUAAAAAUGCAAAAUGAUUUUUAAUUUUCGCAGCGCAUCAACCUUUCAGUUUCGUAUCAAAACAUACAUAUAGAACUCUAAAUAUUUAACAAUUUUUAGGCAAAUAAAUUUUUUUGUCAAUAUUUGACGUAUUUUAACAAACUUUUUUUUAUUUAGCAAACAACACUUUUUGUUUAUCAUUUUCAUAUUAAUUAAAAUAUUUUUUUUGUCGGAGAUGCUCUAAAUGAAUAGCAUUUUAACACUAAAAGCUGUUGAUAAUCAUAGAACCAAUUUUUAGUGAUAAAAUUCCAUUUUUUAGUCGGCUUACCCUAUAAACUAAUUAAUUUUCGUUUCGUCAUGUUUUUUUUAUUAUUUAAAUUUCAAUCCAAUUUCAAUCUUUCGUUCAAUUUUAUUUACUGUGACACUUUAAUGAAAGGAUUCCCAUAUACUUUGCAUUGUAAAUCUUUCAGAAACGACCAAUCAUCUGCUAUCGACGAUGAUGACAAACAAAAUAAGCGAUGUACUCUGGCUAGAAUCCCUUUAUAUAGCAUAAUGUAUGGUUUAACAAAUGAAGUAAACGAUCUAGUACUUGAAACCAAUUAAGUGACAGAUUUGAUGAAUAUUUCGCGAUUCGCUUCAAAUUUCACCAGGCCGCAACUUUCCCUUUGUUUCGAAGAUUGAUGUAAUCAACAAAAUUCAUCAACUCAAUAACUGGAUAUUUAAGACCUAUCUGGAACGGGUUUCUAAGGAUAGGAAUUAGAUUAGAGAUGGAUCGACAAUAUCCUGAACCUUGGCCUGCGUUGAGCGUGUUCAAUAUUAUUGAGUUUAUUCAAUUUUUUUUCUUAUUAAAUUCUCCAUUAAGAAAACCAUUAAGUUCAUCACAUUAAUAGGAAAGUAGAACAACAAUGCAAGUGUAAAUAUAGUUUCAUUAUCUCCGUUUUAUGGUCAUUAGAGAAGAUAAAAUUAAUUGUUACCUUACCUUAAGCAUUGGUAAUAGACGUCGAGUGGUUUUUUGCCGAUUUCAACGUUGCGAAAUGAGGAAUUCCGAUUUAGAUUUUCUUUGAUAAUUCUACGGGAACAUCAAACAAGAUUUGCUUUCAAACCAAUUGGUUCCAAUCUCAAUAAUUUCUUCAAUUUUUACCAGUGUACACUUCUUAGCAAUUCAAAAUAUCAUUUUCACAAUUCAGCGACGCAAAAUAAAACUUUCGUUGCCUUUGGAAGAAAAUCGUUGCAUGCAGCUCUGUGAUAAAUGGUUUUUCUAUCCACAUGAUGUGUACUGCUGAACAUUUUACCACUCGUUUGUAUAAAUAACUUUUGAAUAAGGCGAGUGCCAGACACACUAGCAACUAGCCGAAUGUCAAAUUAUAUUUUCAAAACUUAUGGUUUAAUAUUUCAUAUAUGGACCGAUUGCAGUUUCUCUGCAACUAAAACAUCUAGCAGACACAAUUUUUAGUUUUAGAAACGACAACAAUCUAGAAACUAAAAAUUGCGUCUGUAACGUUUUCCCUGAGAUCAUAUCAAAAGGUCAAGUAGAAAUGUUUCAAGCAGGGCUUUAGAAAGUUACACAUACAUAGUACAACAAACACUUUGUUUAAUUAAUCCUCCUUUUUUGAACUCUUUCUCCAUGAAAGUAGCUCACGUUAAAUGAUUAGACAGAAUUGCAUUAAAUUAAUCAAAUGGACUAAAAGUGAUGGUUCCGUAUGAGGAAUCUUAUCCUGUUCUCGGAAUUAUAAAUUUAAUUUUUUUUUUUUUGAGUUUCUGAAGAAUUUAAUUCUAAUAGUUUAGAAAAGAGUGUCUCGGGGAACUUUAAACUCCUUAGACGCUUUUUCUGGUUACCCUCCUUCAGUCCUAGUGACAUAAUCCGAUCAAAACGUGAACGAAGAUAAAAUUGUAUUGAAAAUUAAAAUUAUUAUUUUGUAAGCUUCAUCAUAACUCUCGGUUACAAUUAAAAAAA